CAGUUGACACGGUGCGGGCAUCGAGACAUGUUUACGUCAAGUCCAGCAGGGGUCGCUGUUGGCUCUGAACGCGGUGUCUCUGUUUACCUGCCGCUGGCUCUCUUUGUCCGCUCCGAGACUCAAAGCGGCAGAAAGGAGGACAAUGUCCGCCGUGCAGCUGCUGCGGGUGUCGGUACAUGAGCGGAUCCGCGCGGCCGCUGAACACUUCCUGCUGCGGCUGGAGAAAGGAGAAGAACCGGCUCGAGUCCCGGCGCUGAGAGCGAUGCUCACCGAGCGGCUAACGGCGGAGAUCGUCGCUGUGUUUGAGGAAACCGUGGCGGAGUACGAGGACCGAGUGGAGCGGUCCGAGCGGGAGGUCUGCCGCCAGAGGAGGCUGCUCGAUGCCGUGAUGAAGCCCGAAGUCCGGCUGCACAAAGCAGACCUCCAGCAGGUGGUGCUGAGUAAAGCAGAGGUUCCUCCUGAGCUGCAGCAGUGGAGCCCCCUUGUGGACCAGGAGGACCCAGAGCCCCUAACCCCCCCCCACAUUAAAGAGGAACAGAAGGAACUAAGGAUCAGUCAGGAGGGAGAGCAGCUGGAGGAGGCUGAUAUAAUAAAGUUCACAUUUACUCCUGUCGCUGUGAAGAGUGAAGAAGAUGAAGAGACACCUCAGCUGUCACAGCUUCAUCAGAGUCAGACUGAGGAGAACAGAGCGAACUGUCGAGGACCAGAACCAGAACCAGCCGGGAACUCAGGUCCUGAGGGACAUUUCCACCAAGGUCCUGAAAACAAGACUUCAAACUUCUUUGAGCCUGUGGCUGAGAACAGAGGCGUUGAUUGGAGGAAGACCAGGGAAUCUCCAUCUUGUUUUAAUACAAUAAUAAACAAAUUUCCCUGCAACACACCUCCGACCGUGAGGCUCCCUCAAGGCCUGGAGAGGAUCCUGGCUAAUGUUGGAUAUGUGAAUGGAGAGCUGCUCUACAGAGUUCCAGCAGCUUCUCCUCUGGUUGCUGCUGCUUCUCAAGCGAAGCCGCUGGUUCCACAGAAGAGGAGGCGGGCCAACCCGCUGGACGACAGCCGGCCGUACAUCAAGAAGCCGCCCAACGCCUUCAUGCUCUUCAGGAAGGAGGAGCGGCUGAAGGUCGUGGCUGAGCUCAACAACGCCAACAGUGCCGCUGUGAACACCAUCAUUGGACAGAGGAGUCUGUCUGAAGCAGGAAGAACCGGAGGACGGGCUGUGUCUUCAUAUCAGAGCUCCAAAGAGGAAAACUCAUCUUUCAAGAAAAAGACAGGAAGGAAGAAGAAAGAACCACAGAAGGAAAAGCUUGUGAAGAUUUCAGUGGGUAUCAUGCAGAGGACUGAGGGUCGGCUGAGAGCUGUCAGAGGAAUGGUUCUACCCUUCAUAGUGCGACCUCUGGCAGAUGCAGAGGAAUUGCUGGAAGCUGCAAAACAAACAAUGAAGGACUUCAUCACGGGUGCACCUGUCGGCCCCUAUGUCCUGCUCUUUGCUGAUGGUACAGAGAUAACCACUGACCCAGGAACAGCCUUCACUCUGAAACUCUACAAGGAGGCAGUGAAGAAGUCGUACCAACGCAUCACAGUGUACCUCUGUACGGUUAAAGACCACUCCGAGCAUCUGAGCAACAUGAGAGACUCCGAGGAGAAGAGGUCCAGAACUCCCAGUUGAUCCAGUUUGGAACCAGGAGGCUCAUCAGAGGCUCUCACACUGGUUUAUUGUAGCUUCUCUCAAAUCUUAAGUACAACCGUGAUAUAUCUUCUAUUUGCAGGUAUUUGACUCGACCUUGAACAGAACCACUGAGGAUGUUGGAGAAUACUCAAGACAAACCAAGUCUUGAUUUGUCUUGAGUUUGACCGAGAGAGAGAGAGAAAAUAGUUCAAAUAAGAAACAAACAGGUUGAAGUGCUACGAGCACACAACCUCUCUCCAAAGGGCCGAGGAACAAGAGGUUGUUGGUUCAGGUCCUCUCCCUGAUGUCAGGGGCCAGUUCUUAACACCAUCUUCUGCAGCUGUUCCCUGUGGGACUCGAUUCUGAAGCUGAACCACAGGUUGAGGAGACGGCUGCUGCCAGCGGCCUGCUUGUGUAUUUCUUGUUAAUAUAUUGAUUGUAUUUAGUUACUGCAUAAUCAUCGUCCAUCGCCAUAAUAAACUUUGGACCAAAUGUGUGUGUAUUAACAUGACUCAGCGUUUGUUCUCACCUGCAUGUGGUGUGAUGGGCUCAGAUUGUUAUUGUCAAUGUUCCUCAAAUGAAACAGAAUUUUCUUUA